AUGAUGUAUAUGGCACAAUUCCAACUAGUGAUCUCGCUGAUUAUAAUUAAUAUAAAUUAUAAUCUGUCUUUGAAUUGCUACUCAUGCUUACUAUGUCCAGAUCCUUUCGAUCCUUCAUCACGACUGGUACACAAUGAUAGUAAUUGUCAAUGGUGUGCAAAACUUGAAGUUCCACAUUAUUUUAAUCCAAUCAGACAAUGUACACCUAAAUGUGACUUUGAAUAUUUCAGUGAAACAUACCCUAAACUUACUUAUUAUUGUUGUCAAAAUAAUUAUUGUAAUAAAAAGGGAUUACAUAAUACACGGAAUAAUUAA